AUGGGCCUCACCAACCCCCCGCUCGCGACCGCGACCGCAGCAGCUGCCGCCGCAGCAGCAAGGACUGCCGCCGCAACAACCCACCAGUUCCUCCACCCGGUGCCGAAGCCCAUAGGCUUCCUCGAGUUCUUCGAUGCCGUCCGCGCCGCCACCCCUCCCCGGUUCCCACACGCCCGUAUGUUGCAGCCGCGGCGCAUCGGGCUCGCCAUCUCGGGCGGCGUCGACUCCAUGGCACUCGCGUUCCUAUUCAACCAGCUCCGCGAGACCAACCCGCUCAUGCGCAUCGUCGACAACCCGCUGACCAAGAUCUCGGCCGUCGUCAUCGACCACGGCCUGAGGGAAGGCAGCGGCGAGGAGGCGCUGGCCGUGGUGAAGGAGCUGAAGAACCUCCGGCACGUGAAGCCGCAGAUGGACAGGGUGAACUGGAAGGCGGAGGGGAUCGAGGGGGACCCGGCGGCGAUGCCGAACGUGGAGAGCAUCGCGCGCAGGGCGCGGUAUCGGAGGCUCGGCCUGCUGUGUCAUAGGAUGCACAUCGAGAGCCUCUUCCUUGCGCACCACCAGGAUGACCAGUACGAGACUGUGCUGAUGAGGUUGCUCGCGGGACACGGGAGCCGCGGGCUGAGGGGCAUCUCGAAGGCGGCGAACAUCCCCGAGUGCUACGACAUGCACGGGGUCUACGAGAGCGGACACGUCGACGACCAGCUGAUGCGGAUGCCGCACAUCAGUUUCCGCCUGCCGAGGAGGGCCUGGAAGUCGAUGCGGAGGGAGAUGUGGUCGGAGCUGGACCUGGAUCUAUAUGGAGCGGAGCUGAGGGCGGGCCUGCAGGUCGGGUGGCACGAGAGCCCCUACGUCGGCGACGACGAGGGCAGUGAUGCGCUGUUUUACGCGGCGAGCUCGGCGUCAGCCAAGACGAGGGCCGCUGCGGCCGCGGCUGCCGCGAGGAACAUGCCGCAAAUCCGUGUCGAGGACGCGGGCAUCAUGAUCUACCGGCCGCUGCUGGAGUUCAGCAAGGACAGACUUGUGGCAACGUGCGAGGCAAACAACAUCCGCUGGUUCGAGGACGCGACGAACAAGGACCGCACGCUGACGAUGCGGAACGCGGUACGGCACAUGGUGCGCGAGCACGCGCUGCCCGAGGCGCUGCGCAAGGAGAACAUUUUGAGACUGGCAGCACGGUGCGAUGCCAGAGUGAAGGGGCAGGAGUGGGAGGCCGAGCGGUGGAUUCGAAGGGGUGUGAGGGCCAAGUUUGAGCCGAAUGUCGGGACGCUUGUCGUCCGGCUCCCUGAGAUGGGGGUCCCCGGCCAAACACGGAGGAAGAGGAGGUCGGCGUACGAUGAUGCGAGACGGGAGCUGCGGCUUGUGCAUAGACGGCUCAUCGCGGCGUUGAUCGUGCGCAAGCUCGUCUCCUUCGUCUCGCCCGACCGAAACCCGCCGCAGCUUUCGUCGCUGCAGCCCGUGGUCGGGAGGCUCUUCCCCGCGCUCGCGGAGCCUUCCGACAACAGCAACACCUCGAACUCGCCAAAGGCCUUCAACCAGGCUUCGGUCCUCUUCCUCCCCAUCGGGCCCAACAAGUGGUAUCUCGUCCACGAGCCGUACCCCUCGCUGCACCCGCUUCCCGAGUUCACGUUCACGACAACGACGAACCUGACCCAGCGGCGGUACCCGACGUUCCCGCCCACAAAGUGGCAGUCGGUCAACAAGAACGAUGAUAGCGGCACUGGGGAGCGUGUAGUGGUGGGGAAGGAGAGGCUCGUGCAGCUGCACCGCCAGCCGCUGCCCCUCCCCGUGUCUCAGUCGAGGCGGUGGUACUCGUGGCGCCAGUUCCAGCUCUGGGACGGGCGGUUCUGGGUACGGGUCAGGGGGCGGGUAAAGGCUGUGUUCCGGGUCGCGCCGUUCGCGCCGGUUCAUGGCAAGGCUUUCCGAGAGGCGCUAGGCGGAGGUGAGGCUCCCGCUGCUCCUCCUGCUACCCCCACUCCGCCUGAAGAGUCCGGCAACAGCGGCAGUGUCAGGAUAGGUGUCACUGGUGGCGCAAGCAGCGCAAAGACUACCGCCGCCGACGACGGCAGAGCGCGCCUUGAAGGGAUCCUGAAGCGGUUCGCGCCGGGCAAAGUACGAUACACCCUCCCCGCGCUAUAUGCCGUCAACCGCGACGAGGAGACGGGCGAAGAGGUGCUACGGAUGCUCGCGCUGCCGACCUUGGGGAUAUGCUUGCCCGGAUUGGAGAGGUGGGUGCAGUACGAGUUCCGGUACCGGAAGGUGGACAUGGACCUCUUGGACAGCACCGUCGGCAGCGACGUCGCUGCAAGGGGCAAAGAUGAGAGGGCUCCAAGGGCGGCGGAUGGCGGAGCUGCGGUGCAGAGGAACAAGGUGUUGCAGGAGGGAAUUGCGGAGCAGAGGGUGAGGAGGCGGAUUAGCGGGAUUCGGAGGGAGAGGAUAAGGGGUGGAAGGAGGGGAGGGAGAGGCAAAAGGGUUGUGGUUUGA